AAAGAGGUCGACGAUCUGCUUCGGUAAAGUACACUGCGCUAUGUCUUGAAUAAUUCCUCCGCAACUACAUACCUUUCAAUUGACAGCAAUUGACAAUACUUAGCACUGCCUUUCGUGUUGUAGCGAGCAGUUUGGAAAGGAUGCUGAGCGAGCCCUAGUCGACCGCGAGUUCAGAGAUCAGAUGAGAACAACUGGUGAUGGCACAGUAGCACUGACGGUUCUGCUGGAUCAGAUCCCUCGCAACAUCUUUCGAGGAACGCCCCGUCCCUUUGUUGAAUUUGAUCCUCUAGCCAGACAGAUCGUCAAGGAAGCGUUGGUGAAGAAGACUUGCGGCUACAUGCAUCCGAUCUACAGACAUGUGCUGUACAUGCCAUUGGAGCACUCUGAAGAUCUUGAGGACCAGGCCGCGUGCGUGAGGGAGUUCAAGAAGGAGUAUGAAGAAGUAGAGCCGCUCUACAAGGAUGUAUUCAAACAGUGUUUGGACUAUGCAGUUGCACACGAGGCCGUCAUCAAGAAGUUUGGUCGCUAUCCGCACCGCAAUGAGAUUCUGGGACGCACAUCUACUGAAGCAGAAAGGAUCCACUUGGAGACUGGGGGGGAUCGUUGGUAGACUAUCAAACUUAUCAAACUAAAUGACAAUUACCCUUUGUCCUAGCUGUUUUUCUUUGUUGGAUUUGUUGGCAGUUGAAGGAAAAUGGUUAUUUUGAUGCAAUCCAUUCCUAUACUUCCCUUAGUUAGCCUCUCUCGCUUCAGAAGAGACAGAAGAUGCGCCAAACUGAUUGAUUAGGG